AUGGAUCUCUCCUAUCAGUCCAUGAAAGUCGCCCAUCAAGCCCGAGAGGCGGACGAGCUGAGGACUGAAAUGAGGAAGAAGAACCUCCUCAUCCUCAUCUACCACCACCUGCUGGGCCAAGGGUAUGGAGCAGCAGCAGUGGCCUUGGACCAGGAGACGAAUGUCGGCGUGAGGAGGUUCGAGGUUUGUGACAACAUCGACCUGGAGAUGGUGCUGAUGGAGUACGAGAACUAUCACUACGUCAAGUUCCAGAAGUAUCCCAGACUCACCAGGAGAACAGCAGAACCAGGUGUGUUGGCUGCACUGGAUCACAUGUCACGCUCAGUGGGACAAACUACAUCUCACCGGCAUGAUGAGCAACAAGCCAAUGUUGAAAAAUUAUCUGAGCUAGUAAAAAUAAAUAAAUCUUCCAUGUAUUCCAUGCUUGUCAUCAGAAGCCCCUGUUCAGCUGUGAAACCUCUUCCCAAAAUCGGCCCGUCUCAGAACCCACAGUCCGGAAACGGAGCCAAGAGGACGGCCGCCGGCGAGAACGGUACUUCUGCUGCUCCAGAGUCAUCGGAGUUUGGCCUCAAUGUUUCCUCAAUCAGAAAUGGAUCCACUGGGACAUCGGCAGGGAUCAGGAAGAUGACUGAUGGCAAAGGUGCAGUCCACGAUGCUGUCAGAGGAGCUGGCGUCGACUCAGACCACAUGGAGCGGCUGCUGAAGCCUCUCAGCGGCUGCUCUGGGAUGAACGGCGAGAUGAGGGAACUGGCUGCCAUCAUCAGCAGGGACAUCUAUUUGCACAGCCCCAACGUGCGCUGGGAGGACAUCAUCGGUCUGGAGGACGCCAAGCGAUUAGUCAAAGAGGCCGUCGUUUAUCCCAUUAAGUACCCUCAGCUGUUCACGGGCAUCCUGUCUCCGUGGAAGGGCUUGCUGCUCUACGGCCCACCAGGCACCGGUAAGACGCUGCUGGCCAAAGCUGUGGCCACAGAGUGUAAGACGACCUUCUUCAACAUCUCCGCCUCCAGCAUCGUCAGCAAGUGGAGGGGAGACUCCGAGAAGCUGGUCAGGGUUCUGUUUGAGCUGGCUCGGUACCACGCGCCGUCCACCGUCUUCCUGGACGAGCUGGAAUCAGUGAUGAGCCAGAGAGGAGCGAGCACGGGAGGCGAGCACGAGGGGAGUCGCAGGAUGAAGACGGAGCUGCUGGUCCAGAUGGACGGACUGGCCAAAUCAGACGACCUGGUGUUUGUGCUGGCUGCCUCCAACCUGCCCUGGGAGCUGGACCACGCCAUGCUGAGGAGGCUGGAGAAGAGGAUCUUAGUGAGUCUUCCCUCCUCGUCAGCUCGCCAAGCCAUGAUCUCUCAUUGGCUGCCUCCUCUCGACGCCUCAGGAGGAGUGGAGCUACGAACGGCGCUGGACUACAAAACGCUGGCACAGGAGACGGAGGGCUACUCUGGCUCUGACAUACGCCUGGUGUGUAAGGAGGCCGCCAUGAGACCAGUCCGCAAGAUCUUUGAUGCUCUGGAGUCCCAUCAGGCCGGAGACGCUGACAUUCCUGCCAUCCAGCUGGAAACGGUAACAACAGCAGACUUCCUGGAGGUGAUCGCACACACCAAACCCUCGGCCCGGAACCUGAUGGACCGGUACACGGCCUGGGAGAGAGAGUACAAGUCGGUCUGACGCACACGCAGGCGUUAGCGUGGAGGAAAGAAAAGACUUCUACACCAACUUCCACAACUAGCUUCUGGAUAAGACUUUGUUCUUCCAGAUAAUAAUUCAUCUACUGCAGGCAAAGCACAAAUAUGUUCUCUAGCUUCAGAUAUGUGUCACAGUAAGCCGGAGCAGCGCAGGGUUCUAACAGCUGAGUGCUUCUCAAAAAACACUGUUCUGACAAGCUGAAGGGACAAAACAAAGUACUGAAAUAACGUAGAAGCUCCAGAAGAAGCUCCUGAAAACGAGCCAUGCAGCUGUUCUACAGGCUGUCUAUGCAAAAUUCAGUUAAACACAAUAAAAUAUAAUGACAAAUGCCAUCAUUUCUUUUAUUUAUGUAUAAUUUUGUGCACCCUAAUAUAACAAAGAUCUUGUUAUGGUGGAAACACAGACGACUAGCACAUUAAAUACUGUUUAUUCUGAGCAGAUUGAUCCCUUGCACAAAGUUAUCUCCGUGAAUCUGGGAGUCGGUGAAUCUACGACAGCAGAAUUAUUUCCUCUCAUUCAAAACGUCUGGACGGCGCAGUCAUUUAGUAACGUCAUUCUCUCUGUUGUUAAAACACAACUUGUCUUUAAAUGAAAUAUUCUAUGAGCUAAUGAGACUCUGGUGGUUUGUCCUU